GACAGCACAUAUACAUACGAUCAACUUCCUUCCUUUUUUUCCUUCUCGCCCUCUUCAUUCCUUUCUCUUUCCCACCCAACCCGAUCUCGCAGGAUCCGUCUGAUCGAUCCCUCCUUGUCAAAACGCCGAUUCUUUACAGGAAACAACAUCGCCAGUCAGUCAAUUAGGCCAGACAGGACGGAUCCUUGUGUUGUCGUAUAUUUACCCGCCGUUUUACUCAACGCGCCACCACCACUACAGGAUCUCUCUCAUUCCACCCCACCCAAUACUUGGUUAACUCCCUCAGGACCAGCAUAUCUCAGAUAUCAUGACUGAUAACUCAUAUCCAAUUGGCACAACUGUCUUUGCCAAGCUCAAAGGCUACCCUUGGUGGCCAGCUCGUAUUGAGAACGAGGAUGAUUUGCCAGAAAACGUCAGCAGUAAAAAGCCAAAACAGAGGCCCAUUUGGCCCGUGUUCUUUUUCGGCUCUUAUGACUAUGGUUGGUUCGGAACGUCGGAAUUGAAAACCUUUGAUCCAGCCUCUGCAGAAAAGGCAAAGGCAUCACUACGAAAAGGAAACGCUCUGCGAACAGCACUCAGUGAGGCUCUGGACCCCAGUCUUAUUGCGAAUAAAUUCGGCGCGCAACCGGACGAAUACGGUGAGGAGGAAGAAGAGGAGGGCUAUGAAAAUGACACUCCGGCACGCAAGAAAGCUGCUCCCAAAUCAAAGAAGACAGCCAAAGCUGAACCUGCAGGAAAGAAGAGGAGACCGAGCACGACUGAGGAUCAGGCCGUAAAACGCAAGCCAUCGAAGCGAUCUGUGCCAGCGGAUGAAGAGGAAGAUGACGAUGAGUCACCCAAGACCAAAAAGCGCGCUAGCACUAUAGCCCGCGCCCGCCUGGAGUCCGACAAAAAGAGCGUGGACGAUGAUAUUAGCGGAGCUGACACCAGCAACGGUCGGACCAGGAAAUCGGAAGAGGAUGCCGGCGACUCGGGCGAUCAUACUCGCGCCAAGAAGAAGUUGCGAAGUGGACAACCCAAUGAGCGCCUGUUGAAGCUGCGUCACAAGUUACAGAAGCUGUUGUUGGUCGAAGGACUGUCCGACGAAGUCCUUGUGCAGAAUUUGGAAAGAGCGGACCCCAUUCUUUCUGAAGUCGAGGCCUUUGAGAUUGAUCUACAAAUGCUCAAGGUUCGUGGAGAGUUGUGUGCUGUGGAGUGUUUGGUCAGCAGUGAAAGAGGAACGUAUAUCUCUAAUCAAGGAUCUUAAUUUUGAUUUUUUUUCUUAUCUAAUAGGAUACUAAGAUUGGACGGCUG